GAUUUCAAUAUGGAGAACAUGGCAAAUCAAAACAAUGUGACGGAAUUUGUUCUACUAGGGCUCACAGAAAACCCAAGGAUGCAGAAAAUUAUCUUCGCUGUGUUUUUGCUCAUCUACAUAAUCUCCAUUCUAGAAAAUAUUCUCAUCCUUCUCACUAUCAUUGUCAGCCCAUUACGGAAGUCCCCCAUGUACUUUUUUUUGGCUCAUCUCUCCUUUAUCGAUACCUGCUACUGUUCAGUCAAUAAUCCAAAACUGAUUGCAGAUUCAAGGCAUGAAAAGAAGAUUAGCCUGUUGAAUGCAUGUAUGACACAAGACUUUGCAGAACACUUCUUUGGUGGUGCUCAGAUCAUCCUGCUGACUGUGAUGGCCUAUGACCGUUAUGUGGCCAUCUGCAAGCCCUUGCACUAUGCAGCCAUCAUGAACUGGAGAUUGUGCAGCCUGCUCGUGGGGGUGUCCUGGGUGGGCGGCAUUCUUCAUGGAACCAUACAGAUGUUCUUCAUCCUGCCACUCCCAUUCUGUGGCCCGAAUAUCAUAGAUCACUUCAUGUGUGAUCUCAAUCCUCUGCUCCAGCUGGCCUGCACUGACAUCCGCACUCUGGGGCUCUUUGUUGCGGCGAACAGUGGCUUCAUCUGUCUGUUAAAUUUCCUGCUUCUCUUGGUCUCCUAUUCAUCCAUUCUCUUCUCUUUAAAGACCCACAGUGCGGAGGGCAGGCAUAAAGCUUUCUCUACUUGUGUCUCCCACAUCACAGUGGUUGUCUUGACCUUUGUGCCCUGCAUAUUUGUGUACAUGAGACCCCCAGUUACUCUACCCAUUGACAAAGCAAUUACCAUUUUCUAUACUGUGAUAACUCCCAUUCUAAAUCCAUUGAUCUAUUGUUUGAGAAAUGCUCAGAUUAAAAAUGCUAUUUGGACUUCAUUUGUUAGGAAAAUCCUAUCAGAUCACAAAUGA